AUGAAUGAAACUUUAGCAGAACUUUCCAAUCGAAUACAAAAGAUAGAAAUACAUCUUUCACAAAUUUCAAACAAUAAAAAUGUAUUAACUCAAAUCACCAAUGUCCAAAGGAAACUUGAACAAGUUUAUUUAGAUCAUCCUGGGUUUAAACAACUUAAUUCAAUUAUCAAUGAACUUCGAAUAUGGGAUAAGAUACGACCAGAGCCGGAACCAGAAAACCAAUGCCAGGAAGUGAGAGAUGGUCUUGAAAUGACAGAUGAGAUGAAGAAGGAAUUGCUUGUUUUGAAUGCUGAUCAAAUCAAUUUGAAUUAUAGUUUAGGAUCUGAAUUGAUUAAUAUGGAAAUAGAUUCAAUACUAAAAGGAAUUAACAGUAAGCUUAUGCAAUCUGAUAAAGAUACACCACUGUUGCUGUCUGCAUUAUUAGCUAGAGAAAGUGAGGUUCGACAUUUGAUACGAUUGGUUCAAAUUGUUACUGUUAAGAAUAUGAUUGUUUAUGAAGAAUAUAUGAAACUUAUCUUAAAAGAGAAUCAAUUCUGGAUUGAUAUGGAUGAGAGAAUUACUAAAUUAAACGCAAGAGUUAAUCUGAUUCAAUUGAAAAAGGAAUCUUCCAGUAAAUACUAA